AUGUCGAACCCUAGUGGCGCCGCCUCCUCUUCGACGCCCCAGGCGACGGUGCGCCUUGUGCGUAAGGCACCGCCGCAGGUCCCUCAGCCGACGCCAUCUCCCGACGUCGGGGUCCACGUCGCCGUCCGGGAGCUUCGCAAUGUGCUCCGGAAGGGACGGGAGAAUGGCUUUGGGGCGUGGGCCGAGCUGGCGGCGAACCUGGGCAUGGAGGAUAGGACGGCCCUCGCCGAGCUCCUCGCCGUGAUGUCGGUGGUUCCCCCGACGAACCCACCGACGGAGGAGGAACGCCAGAUGUACAUGGGGCGCCUCUUCCCGCAGAGGACGCCGACGGCGGAUGGGCUGAUCCAGGUGAAGGCUGCGCCGACCCCACCGCCGGGAGUUGGCACUACAACGCCGACCUCGACGGGCCCCGGGAGCUCAUCGACGGCACCAGCUAUGCCGAGUUCAUCAACGGGCCCCAGCAGCUCACCGACGGCAACCAUCUUGCAGCAGAACGUCGGGGCACCGCCCACGGCGUGGGCCAGCCAGGUACAGUGGCAGCCACCGCCACCAACGACGGCAAGAGACGCCGAUCAAGUUUCGGGCAUGGUGUUUCUCGACGCACCUACCUCCUCGACGACAAGGACCGCAGCGGCCUUUUUGGAUCCGACGGAGGCUAGGGAGCCGGAGACGACUGCAUCGCCGACCAUUGUGGGUUUCCCCGGGCUCGCCGAGAUGGAGGCACAGUCGGCGAUGCCCUCAGGUACGGCGACACCGGCCUUCUACUUCGACGCGGCUGGCCGCCGCACCAGAGCGCCACCAGCCGGAGCACGACGGCCCGACAUCGCCACUGGGGUUCAAACGCCGGCCACCACGGCGGGCGAUGGAGCAGCAGAUGACGUCGUGACCAUGGCGGCAAGCAUGCUCAGGGAGGUGGCGCCGAGGACGGACGACGACGCCGUCUCGACGGCUGGAAGCCUGAGCUCGACGACACGGGGAAGAUCGCCGCAGCGUGGUGGGCGCCCGGCCAUGGACCCACCGCCUCCACCGCCGGUGGCUGACACACCCCCAGCCAGGUCGUCGUUCCCGCCGUUGUCAGCUGCUUCGACGCCAUGGCAGUCAACGCCGCCGAGCCCGAGGCAGUCUACACGACGGGCUCCCACACCGCCGGCGGUGGCACAAGACCGCCCGGAUUGGAUGUUCCCGCCGGGGGCGAGGCCGGCGGACCAGGAUGAUAGCUCGACGGCCGCGCCCGGCCCAGCCACCACAAGGACGACGACACCGACGGGGGCACGGUCCAGGUCCAAGACGGCGGCGGGGUUCCGCGAGCACCUGAGCGACGAGAGGAUCCGCCAGAUAGAGAUCAACAUGACCGACGACUAUCGGCAGCACAAGCGGGCCAUGCAUCGCCGAGGCGCCCGAGCCGUCGACGACCCGCCGAAGUCGGUCAAGCACUUGCUCAGGCGGACCUUGAUCGACGUGAUCGCCGAGGAGAACCUGGACAGGCAGGGCAUCGACGGGCACAAGCCGAAGCCCCCGCCGACCUCGGCGCCCACCUACUGUGCAUACUGGUUCUGCUCGACGCUACCCGCCAACACACGCGGCGCCCGGAUCCCUUGGCAAAGCCAGGAGGCCGGCCGACGUGUGCUUGGUUGGUGCUCGCACCCUUGCACGUCGCCGCAUUGCCCUCACCUCGACGACCUUUACGACGUAGACACGCCGGGCCUAGGCCGCUGUCUACGUCCCGUCGUGGAGGGCAACGGCCGUGACCAUAUCGGUCACGAGACUGAUCUUUUACGACGCCAGCGGGUGCCCCUGUCACCCGGCUUCGGCCAUCGGGUCGGCACCGCUGAGGCAGUCGACGGCGGCGGGGGCAGGAUCAGAGCCCACCGCCGCCCUGUACCACUUACUUUUUCGACGACUCCGUCGUUGCCAGAGUUGCUUAAUCUCGGCGUUCACGCCGCACGGUGCCUUUUGGCGGAGCCCGACGCACCCGACAAAAAGAGCGUCGUGCACCUGUUGCCUCGUCCGUCGCGCCUGCCGGCGCCGGUCAUGAACCAACAAGCCGCAUCGUCGGGACCCUCCGCGACUGUCGCCGACUUCUUUCGCGACGUCGCCUCGGCAGGCGGUUCGGCCUAUAUCGCUACCCUGGCCGGGUUCGGCGCGAUCAACACGCCGGCCGUGAGGGACUCCUUCGCCGUCCUUUUGGAGAACGGCGUGCCCGAGGGCCUCUUGCUGCAGAUCCUUGCGCCGGUGCCGCCGACGCAGCCAGAACCAACGGCGGCCAGGCCACCCAGGCACGACGUACCGCACAGAAGGACCCUACCCCGGGCAUCAUUGACGGCGGCUUUGGAGGCCAUGGACCCCGGGCGACGCCAAGACACCCUCGCCACCAUCGACGCCAAUCUGCUGGCAUCGUCGACCCGCCAGUUUCCCCUCUUCCCGCUCGACGCCAACAAGCUUCACACCAUCGCCGGGGCCAUGCGGAUCGCCGGCUACAGGUCGACUGGGCUGUACCUCGACGCGGUGGUAUGGCAUCAGGAGAACACCCUCCACACGCCGGUCACCCCUGGACUCCGACGGGUGGUCAAGACCCUGACCAAGGCAGCGGCGAGGGGCCUGCCAGGGUCCAGGCUCAAACAGGCAUUCGACCUCGACGAGCUCACCAAGUUGGUCGACGACACGGCACCGUUCGGGCCCUUCAACGCCGGCUUGGUUGCUCACGCCGUCGAUGUCGUUAUCGUCGCUACUUGGUUUAUGCUGAGGGAGGUGGAGCUCGCGGCGGCCCGGGUCAGAGAUCUCACCGUGACCUUGUCGGCGGUGCGUUUGCACUUCGACGGCCCACCCACUUUGCCCAAGAUGCGCCGCACACCGCCACCUUCGGCGGAUCCAGGCAUCCGCGGCUGCGACGCCGGCCGACUUCCUGUUUCCGACCAGACCGACGGUGCAGAGGCGGAGUCAGCCGAGAUGUUUCGGCUGGUGCUGGACGCCGCCGGCUUCGAGACGGUGUACCUCGACGAACAGGGCAAGCGCCGCUUGAUCUUCGGCGGCCACGCCGCCAGAGUGGCAGGUGCGACCUUCUUGGCGAUGAGGGGGGUCCCGGUCGCCGUGAUCCAGCUGCUCGGCCGAUGGGCCUCCACCGCCGUCGAACGGUAUGUUCAACAGGCACCCCUCGCCGUGGCAGCCGGCGUUCCAGCCCAGGCCUUGGCAGCGCCGAGUGCGUCGACAACGACGCCGGCCCAGCCCCUGGCGACACCGACGCCGCCGGCCAUCAUGGACUUGUUGCCGACGGGGAACGCAGCCGGGCACGCCGAUACGGCGGUGCCGGCCUCGCAGCAGAUGGUGCCCAACGUCGACUUCGCGGCAGAGGUGCCCGGCGUGGAGUUCGUGCCAGAACCCACCAGGAUGCCAGUGGCCGACGCGAUCGGCGACUCGGCGCCCCGGUAUGUCAUGAACUGCCGCACCAAAAUGGUGCACAAGCCGGGGGUCGACGAAGCGACGACAGAGAGGUCGGACUGGCAGGCCAAGUGCGGCUGGCCUUACGGCGUGCGACAGUUCUUUCGCCUGUCCGAGCUGCCGCCGGAUCCGGCCUUAUGCCGCAAGUGCUUCCCGACGGAAGCCGUCGACGUUGAGGCACCGGAGGCGAUCGACUCGUCGUCGAGCUCCUCGUCCUCCACUAGCGAAGCGACGUCGGACUCCGACUGA